UUCAGGCGGCACAAUGACGGUGAGACUAUUUUACUUUCAGACAGAGCGUCUCAGAUUAGCUGUGACUGCAUGUUAGAGAUGUUUGUCAUUUGGCAAUCAACUUAAUGAAUUAAUCGGAAAGGCUCAACAAAGUGAUUAUUCGGUGUAGCUGGCGUUGAGAACAUAGUUAUUGUGACAAUAGUAUUAACUUUUAGGUAUUUCAGUCAGCUCAAUACUUAAAUUCCUUAAUUGCCACUAUUAAGUUCAGGGGCUUUUAUAGCUCCUGCACUGUUUAUUGUGGGGAGUGGACGAGAUCAGGAGGCCGUCUUUGUGAAGAGAAGUCAGUUUGGCCAACAAGCUAAAUUGUCUUGGUUUCCUGGACAACAGGGCAACAAAGCCCCCCACUCAUUACGACGGCCCAGUGGGCCUCUACCAAUAGUAGAUGGAAGUGGGGAUGUUUUGUCCGCUGAGUGUCUGAACAUUUGUCUUCAGCUGCAGGACAUGGCUGACCGAGGCCACGCCGGAGGUGCAGACGUCAUAGAUGAGCUUUUCUACGCAGAAAUCAACAAUAGCAGAAAAGACCCGUGUGACCUUCUCCUAGAUGCUAUUGAUGCUCAGCUUGGUCAGCUGCAGGUCCAGCCCAGGAAAUGUCAGACAAUUUCCAGAGAGAUCGGUGGCAAAGAUGCAGAUCCUCUCAUUUGGAGUCAAUCCUUGAGCAAAGACACCGGCUUUGGGAGUACAACUCAAACAAAUGACACUCCCUUGUCUUGUCUUGAUUUGAUACACACUCCAAAGAUGGACCACACAUCAGAAAGCAGCACACGUUUGCUGGAAAGAGACAUGGGGGAGAACGUGAGUCAGAGGGAACAGGUCAUCUGGAGACUCAGGAGGCUGCUGGGAGACGCUUGUAAUGAGGGAGGUUUGGCCGGAGACUCCCUCCCUCCUGCAGACAGCAUCUGCACCGAGGACUUUGGACGGCGCUUCAGAGACGAAAUGGUCGAAUCUGAAUUCGACCAUUUCGCGAGCAAUAUGCAGCGACUCGACAAGAAGGAAGUGACGGAGAGGCAGGUGACACCUGGCUUUGACGAUUGCCUCAGUGAACAAAAAGGACAAAGUAUUCUUAAUGUCAGAACAUUGUCCAGCUGUGGAGUAAAUACAUCAUGGAGUGAGACAACCGCAGCUGAAAAGAGAAACAAACCCCAGAGGCCUGGUUGUGAUGGCAGCAGCCAAAGAUUCUCCAAUGAAAAUGUCCAAAACAGGAGCCCUAAAGCUCAGCUUAAAAGGAGAAAGACUUACAGACUUGUGUGUUCUUCUGGUGAUGGUGAUCAGGACACGGAUGAAGAAGUAAAUCCCUGGAGGAGGCAAAGCAGGACAGAAAGAACACCAGAGAAGACGCAGUCCGACUGGGCCAGGAUGAAAGAGCGGCUCUCUACAAUCAGACAAAAGUGUGAAGAGGAGGAGAUGAUGCUACAGAAGAAGAAGGCUCAGAUAAAAGAUGUCAAUCUCUUCCUCUCUGAACUUCAACAAAGAAGAACGGUAAUGCGUAGUUCCUCGCGUGCGUAUAGAAGUCUCACUAGUACUCACAGUGUUUGGUGCGUGUCCCAGCAUGCCUUGCAGGAAUUAAAGCGUCUGACUGAAGAGACAGCAAAGAUGGAGAAGCAGAAGAGGACUCUGGAGUUUGUUCUAAGAGACAACGGGGCAAGACGGGACUCUAUCAGCUGCCAGCGGAACGAGCAGCGAAGGCAGAGAGAGUCCUGCAUUCUCCAGCCAAGUGGCGUCACUCCGGCGCUGGAGAGGGAGGAGACGGAGCCGCUUGCUGAACAGCGACGGGCAAGAGAGACACGAGAGUCCAAACGAGUGCGUGAACCGGAGGUUCAGACUGGUGAGGAGCUGCAGACGGUCACGGAAGCUGACAGCUCACCGAGGGACACUUGUGCUUCUCUGGAGGAAAAACUCGAGCAGAGAAAGGAAGAGCUCGAGGCAGUAGAGCUUCAAGUCGGUAAACUGCAAAGGGAACUGGGAGAAUGCAAAGUCAGAGAGGGAACGCAGCAGCAGAUGUUGGCCCAAAAGGAGCUACAGAUGUUAGAUUUGCAUGAGGAACUGGGAGCCUCACAAGCAGAGAGAGGUGGCCUGAGGGGGGAGCUACAGCACAUGGAAGUCCCGCAGUGCAAAGCGCUGGAAGAGGCUCAGGAGAAAAGCCGUGGAGUGGUGCUAAAAGAAGAGACAAAGAUGCUGAGCGGUUCUCUGGAGCAGCAGCAGAACCGUGACGAGCAGCCAAACGGCCUGCAAAAGAGUCACAGGGCAGUGCUGAGACCCGAGCAGACCGAGGCCGACGAGCUGAGAAGGAUGCGAGAGGACAGCGAGGGAAGCAACAACCAAAGGACAGCUGAGCUGGAACAGCAGCUCAGGCGCUGGGCGCUGGAGCUGGGAGCGGAGUGCCGUCACCUACACCUCUUAGUGGAGCAGAGUGGAGCCCAGCAAAGUGCUCACAGUCCAACAGCCACUGAGGCUCUUACACACCUGAGGACACUAAGAGAGCAGCUGAAGCAUUUGAUCGACCAUCUACAGCUGGAGCUCCAUUCACAGAAAGAAACCACCGAGCAGCUGAGGAAGGAAAUGGAGAGACAACUGAGCGUCCAGAGGCAGCAGCUGAGGACGGACAAAGACCGAGCCUUGGAUUCUCUAAAGGAGCGUCUCAUUCAGGAGCACAUUGAGGAGUUAAGCAGUCUGAACUGGGCUCGUCCGUGUGAAGGAAGAGCCGAGGUUGGAGGGAUGGCAGCGUGUCUCCGCAGGCAGCUGAAGGCGAAAGACCUGGAGCUCAGGCAGGUCCAGAGGAGCAUGGCUCAGUGGAAGGAAAGGACGGCCGCUCGUCUGGCAUGCAAGUUUGAAGCCGAGUUGACGGCUGAAUUGGAGAGGUACAAGACCAAGUUGUUGAAGGGCAGGAAACCAUCAAAGCCCCGAGAGGAGAGCCGGAGAGUUCCCAUGAAGGCCGAAGCAGAGAUGACACACAGUGCAGAUAAAGCUUGGAAAUCAGUUUGCUCUCCCUCCCUCCGUGUUGUGGACGGUGCUGCCUCCUCCGACGUGGCUUCAUUUAAGCUCCUGCGUCACCUGCAGAGCAGAGUCAAGCAGCUUCGUGUAGAAACACAGGCCUGCAGCUGCAGCCCAUCGCCGCCAGAAAGCGUCUCUUUGGAUUUGUCAGGAUCUUAUAUUGCAACAAUCACUCGAGGGCAAGACGGUGGGAUUCAGCGCCACUCAUCAACCAGCGCCGUCAGAAGUUGGGAAACCUCCCUGUGUGCAUGUCGCACACACCAGUGAUUUAUUGUAAUGCAUUUCAAGCUGUAAUUUGUUGCCAAAUAAAAUCAAUCAUUUACCGUUAAA